CGCCGUGCCGGCGUUUCGGGAGGCCCAGCCCCCAGCGCAGGGCGGCAUCCAGCAGCCGCCGUUCUUUCUCGGUCUCGAUUUCCAGUUCAAGCCCGUUUUCCUGGGCACGGUGCACCCCCGGAGCGAGCUGGGGGAACUGGUCCUUUGGGGACUACUUCAAGGUGAGGGGAACUGGCCCUUUGGGGACUACUUCAAGGAGGAGGCGUGUGGCAUGGCCUGGGAGCUCUUGACAGAGGUCUAUGAGAUCCCCAGAGAUCGCCUCUACGUCACUUAUUUUGGGGGAGACUCCUCGUUGGGGCUGAGCGUCGAUGAGGAGUGCAGGGACGUGUGGCUCCGCCUGGGGGUGCCUGCCAGUCACCUGCUGCCUUUCCCCUCGAAGGACAACUUCUGGGAGAUGGGGGACACGGGUCCCUGCGGUCCCUGCACGGAGAUCCACUACGACCACGUGGGCGGUGGCAGAAAUGCUGCGGCCCUGGUGAACCAGGGCAGCCCCGACGUGGUGGAGAUCUGGAACCUGGUCUUCAUGCAGUAUAGCAGAGAGGCGGAGGGGCAUCUGCUUCCCUUGCCGCAGCACCACGUGGAUACGGGAAUGGGCCUGGAGAGGCUGGUGGCGGUUCUGCAGGCCAAACGCUCCAACUACGACACGGAUCUCUUCGCUCCCAUCCUGGAGGCCAUUCGCAAG